AUGUCGGAAAGACUUACCUUACCACUCCGGCCCACACAGCAAAGGGCACAUCGGGAGGACGACCUUGCGAUCAAAAUCGCUCAGAUCAACGCCCAACGAGGGUCUUUUCGAGAUGUGACCGAGGCAAGCCUUCUGGCGGAGAUUGAAGCUGCACGUACUGCGGGAGAAAAUGAGGAUGAGGAAGUUGAUAUGAGAAAGAGUGAGGAUGAGGAGCAAAAUAGGGAAGAGAAACUCUUCAGGAGCCGUCUCGAGAUUUCUCAAUUCGCCAUGAAUGCGCAUAUGGAGGCAACCUACGCGCUCGAGUUUAUUUCUCUACUUUUGUCCAAAUUUACUCCCCGCCAAGCAGAAACGUCCAUGUCCCCGCUCCUCAAACAGAAAGUACCGCUUGGAUCUCUAGCAAUCGACCGUACAAAACCACCCGAACAGUCGGAAUCUCAGAAGAGAGAUAUAAGCGCUGUGUCACGCGGAUGGAAAUUGGAAAGUCUCGAUGCUGCAGCGAGCAAGCUACUUCAGUCAGCGGAAAGGUUGGAGGAAGAUAUUGCCGCCGAAACGAAAUACUGGGCUGAGGUCCUGAAGAUUAAGCAAGAGGGCUGGAAGGUAUGCAAACUACCUCGUGAGAGGCAAACCCUUGGAGUCCACUUUGGAUCCCUUGAAUCUGCGCCGAUUUUCCGAGACAGGGGCCUUGCGGCGUUUCGGAAGGGAGAAGGGGAACGGUUGUUUCUAGACCGGGGAGUACAAACGAAACCACCACAGGUUGUCCGUAUACGAAUCCGGGAAGGGGACCGAACCGUAGCAGUAUCUGUUCCGGCAGCUCCCAGGAAGGAUGAAUCCCUUGCUUGUCAAAUCCGUGAGGCUCGAGAUAGUCUCUUUGAAGAAGAGUUAUUCUAUGAAUUAAACCGAGAAGCACGCGUGCUGCUCCAGCACGGAGUUGAAAUUAGGCGGAAUUCAAUCAAAUUCCAUGCUGACGAUACCAAACAAGUACAUAUUGACCUGGUUGGAUUUGAUGAGGAACCUCCUGAUAUAGAGACGGAUUCAGAUCCUUUUGAUAGCAUCCUGGCCCACUCAAUUGCAAUGUCUUUCCGCAUCCUCCUUUGCUAUGCCCAUCGCGAAAAUUAUCGUCGCCGCACGAGCCUGCCUCCGCCUUUGACCCCCAAUAAGAGGCCGAAUCCAGAAUACAAGAUCUUACGGCCUGUUUUGUCAUAUCUUCAGCACAGGUCGCAUUACCGGUGGUUUACGUCAUUGUUUGAAAAUAUAACAAGCACUCUUCAAUCCGCUGGACUAAAGUGCAAUUACACCGUGUAUCCCUUACUGAAGCCUUCACGAAGUCACUCCGAACAAACACAACCGCCCAUAGUCCUUUCAUACCUUGAAAAGUUUAUAGGCACCCUUACCAAUCCUAUGGAGUCAUUCCUUCGUUGCACCCUUGUCUCGCAAACUUCAGUGGUUAAGAUGCGCAUUAGGACCAACGUCAACCCGAAUGGCCUUGGGUCAGAAUUUGACCUUGUCAGCAAUCUCUGCCAUUUCCCUGCGCAACAAUCCCCUUUCCGCUUUGGGCUUCGGGAGGAUGCUCGUAAGCUGAUCUUAUAUCUUUUUACGUUGGAUCUUGUUCAUUUAGUUCCACCUCUUGGGAAACCUGCAGACACUACUAGCAGCCUGAAUAUUCCGAUUGCUGGGCUUGCAAAGCCUCGAUAUUUAGCAGAGGAAGAGGGCCUCGAGGACGGUGAAUUUGUUAGGUCGCCAACCCAGAAACCGGACAAAACAUGUUUAUUACCCUGGCAACCGACAUUCCCUCAAAAUGGUGAGCUAACUGCGUACUCCCCGGCGCAUCGCCGCACAAAAAAGUUACGCAUUCAGCUUGAAGAUGGUCAACUACAUCUGCAAUGUUCCUGGGCAGGGCGUGGAGGAAACUCUGCGGAAGAAAAGCAACAACAACCUGGAGAGAUAUCUUUCGCAUGGCGCGCUGCUGAUAUACGAGACGAAGCAGCAGAUGCUUCCAGGGUCUCAUUUCACCAGGCAGUAGAGAUUCUAGGGAAGGAAGAUGCAGAUCAACCCGUUCAAGACGUUUAG